AUGCCUCGUGAUAAUAUUCCGAAAACAUCAUUGAAAAAACUCGGACAAUUCUUUACUAAGACACUCGAUACAAAUCAAGAUGGUCUUGUUAACUGGACCGAUUUCGAACAUGCUGUCGAGGCAAUUGUACCCAAAGAGGAUGCAGAGAAGAACGCUCGAUUGAAAAUCUUGCGUAAACGUGUUGAACAACAAUUUCAAAAAUACUUUUGGGAUUUAUGUGCCGUCGGUGAUGCUAACAACGAUGGUAAUAUCGAUCUGGACGAAUGGCUUGAUGUCAUGAAUGAUAUCAUCGGUGGUUUAAAAGAGAAAAAUGAAUUUCCGGAAUGGUAUGAAGGAAUUUUCAAGGCUUUAUAUCGUGCCAAUGAAUUUUUAGAUGAACGUGCUGUUUCAAGAUCCGAAUUCGCCAACAUGCUUCUCUCAUGGGAUAUUGAGGAAGACAAUGCUGCCAAAGCGUAUGACUUUAUCACAGAAAGUGGCAAAAAGAAAAUGGAUUACAAACUGUUUUCUGAAUUCAUAAAAAAAUUCUUUCUCUGUGACACACCCAAACAUCCAUUGAAUCUUGGCCUUGAUUAA